UUUUCGUGGUGUUGGGUUGGCACACAUGUAAAUUUAGGGAAUUGCGCAUGACUUUUAGUGACUUUUGUGGGCAAAAUGGCGCUCAACUUACAAGUUAAAAUCCAUCCGGUGGUUCUUUUCCAAAUUGUAGACGCCUACGAAAGGAGAAAUGCAGAUUCGCAUCGAGUCAUUGGGACACUCUUGGGGAAUGUCGAUAAAGGCAUCGUGGAGGUAAUAAACUGCUUUUGCGUCCCUCACAAGGAGACCGUUGACCAAGUCGAAGCCGAGUUGAAUUACGCCAUGGAUGUCCACGACUUAAACCGUCGCGUAAAUUCCAACGAAAGCAUUGUCGGUUGGUGGGCCACAGGUCACGAAGUCACCAAUCACAGUUCCGUCAUUCAUGAAUACUAUGCUCGCGAAUGCAACAACCCAGUACACGUGACCCUCGAUUCAAGUCUUCAAGGGGGUCGCAUGGGUCUGAAAGCGUACGUGUGCGUAUCUCUGGGCGUUCCCAAUGGAAAACAAGGCUGUAUGUUUACAUCAAUCCCCAUUGAUGUUACUUGUUACGAUCCUGAGGUCUUUGGGUUGCAACUGUGUCAAAAAACAUUGGGGGCGGGAGGAGGCAGAUCUCGGAACGUCCAUCCAUUGAUGGAUUUGGCCCAGGUGUCUGAAGCUGGAUCAAAAAUGGGAGUACUUUUGGAGCAAGUUCUACAAUAUGUAGAAGAUGUUUUGGCUGGAAAGGUUCAACCGAAUAAUGCAGUAGGAAGGUCACUGCUUGAUUUGAUCAAUUCCGUGCCGCAUAUGAAUAACGAACAGUUUUCAGAAAUGUUUAACAGUAACGUUAAAGACUUGCUAAUGGUGAUUACGUUGUCUCAGCUUAUUAAAACACAACUGCAACUUAAUGAGAAGCUCACGCUACUCACGUCGGUUUAAUUUGGAUUAAUAGUUUUGUAUGACAAAAAAAAUAAAAGAGAAUUUUUAAA